CAUGCCACUUUAUUGGUUACCUGCAGUUACCUUUAUAUUGUUUGACAGUUUGGAUCGAUUUGGUACUGUGCUCGGUAGUGAUGGAGUUCCAUUAAUUGUUUCGUUUGUAAAUACCUAGAAAAUUAAGCAGGUCGGAAUAAAGGGAGAGGAACACUGAAUGAUCCGUCUAACGAUAUAAUGUUGAAACACAUUUCCCUCGUAACGGCGAUCAUAUUGAUAUCCUUGUCGCAGUCUGAGGCACAAUAUGACGACAAACGAUGCAAAUGCAUUUGCCCUGGACUUUCCUCCGUGAUAAAUACAACGCAAUCGUCGCUGGACCGACAAACGUACAUCAUAAAUGUUCCGCCUUCCCAAUGUAACUGCGAGGGUGUCGUGUUGUCGAGAGUGGGAGAUCAAAUAAAAGGCAAGGAAGAAAUUUUUUGCUCGCGAUGCGACUGCAAAUAUGAAAAUAGAAACACCACUAUUAUCAAAAUAGUGGUGAUACUUGUUAUUUGGGUUAUAUCCCUUUUAGUAAUUUAUAUGUUAUUCUUAAUAUGCUUGGAUCCGUUACUGAAUAAAAGAAUCCAUAAAGCUUCCGCGAAUAUCGGCUAUCAAGAACAUAAUAACGAAGAGGAUGACACAUCCAUUACCCCUGGAACGUCUCAUCCUAUGCGCGAAAGAGGUAAUGUUUUAAAUCGCGUCGGUCACCAGCAAGACAAAUGGAAACGUCAAGUUCGUGAACAACGACGUAACAUUUACGAUCGUCAUACCAUGCUGAAUUAAACUGUACAGAUCUGUCUCUAGAAAGGAUGAAGUAUAAUAACGAUACAAGGGC